CUCCUUCAUCUUCACUGCUAGCAAGCCAUUGUGUUCCGAGACGCUGUCACAGACGUGACACCGCAGGCAUUACCAAGACAAGGUCAGUAAGCGCCAACAGCUCGUGCAUCAACGCAGCUCCGUCCAACCUCAAACCAACCCUCCCCCCAGCUCCGCGUGAGCUGUUCCUGCGUCCUCCCCCGUCGCAAAGCAGUCGAAACUUGUUCGCGACGCUGAUUGCGCUUCUCUGCAGCUUCGCGACGGCACUUUAGUACUUAAUUCACUAUGGUCGAGCUCCGCAAGCGCAAGACGCCCCCGCCCGCGCCGGUGCGCCCGGCCAAAAAGAAGGCUGCCCCCAAGGCCGAGAAGACUAAAGUUAGCAAGGGGAAGGCUGCCGUAACUGAGAAAGUUGUAGAAAUUAAAGAAGCUGUGACCGGCAAGAUCAAUGGUGAGAAGGCUGCAAAUCCAGCUUCCGGCCCGCCCAAGGUCGGCGAUACCAUUGAUCUCGUGGAUUUCGGCGGCGAGAUCUUGACGAAUGAUGUAACCAAGACCACCCUCGCGAAGCUCGUAGAGGAAAGCAAGGGUGGUGUUGUUCUAUUCACUUACCCCAAAGCCUCCACUCCCGGCUGCACCAAGCAAGCAUGCCUCUUCCGCGACUCCUACGAGCCUCUGACGGCCACUGGAUUGAGUAUCUAUGGUCUCUCAAGCGACAGCCCUAAGGCCAACACCACAUUCAAGACUAAGCAGAACCUCCCGUACCCUCUCCUCUGCGAUCCCUCACAGACCCUCAUCUCAGCAAUUGGCUUGAAGAAAGCCCCGAAGGGAAUCACGCGCGGCGUGUUCGUCAUUGACAAGGCUGGCAAGGUGCUUGUAGCCGAAGCAGGUAGCCCUGAUGGCACUGUCGCAGUUGUCAAAAAGAUUGUGGCCAGCAGCGAGGGUGCCCCUGCAUUGGCCGCGCAGGGAGCCAAAGACAAGGAGGAUGUCGCGAUGGCGCAGACCGCUAGCGAGGUCGCUGAUACUGCGGCCAAGGUCGACAACGAGGCUUGAAUGAAGCCUCAGGUAAAACUCCGGCCUUUAUUUCGGUAUCUUUUGUGUAGGAUUCCCCUUCCUGUUUAGUUUUCGGAGUUGGAGCGCAUUUAUUUAAAUGUCAGGUACUCUGAUUCGUGAAAAAGUGCUGGAGUCGUGUCAAUAAGCGCUUUUCGACUG